CCCCGAUGUGCGUACAGAGUUCUUGUUCCUAAUGGGCGACACACUGCCUGUGGAGAAAGCCAAACAGACAGGACGGGGCUGGUCUGUGCCCUAUAACCUUCAGAGCUACUACUUCUUCAUUUUGGGACCGCCUGUGACUAUCGGUGGCUUCUGGCCGUUCGUCCACACUUAUCAUCUGCUCAAAAGGAAAAACCUUGUGGAAACCCUGACCGUCCUAGCAUUUUACGUCCACUUCGGCUACCUGUUUGGCCCGAUGCUAGGAUUCUGGGGGACCGCCAAGCUCCUUUUUAUGGCCAAACUGUGUGAGGGCACGUGGUUUAUCACCGUGUCAGAAGCGAACCACGGCACUCUGGGAGUGGAGUAUGACGCGGAGGACAGCUGGGUGGAGAUGCAUCUCAAGCGGACCUGUAACCUGGGAGGAGGGGCCUUCAAGAGCUGGGGGACUGGACAUCUCAACUAUCAGAUCGAGCAUCAUUUGUUCCCAACUCUCCCCCGCCAUAACCUGCAUAAGGUGGUCCCCUUUGUUCAGAGUCUAUGUAAGAAACACGGGAUCUACUACUGUGAAAAAACGUUCACACAGGCUGUUAUAGACAUUGUCAAAUCCCUAAGGGAAUCCGGUGACCUAUGGAGCAAAACAAGAGCUGAACUUUUUGGAUAGUGACGUCACAGAUCUGCUGGCCCUAUGACUCCUUCAUAACCGUAGUCCCUGAUUCGUAGCUGAUCUGUUGCAAGACAGUAAACUACCAAUACCAUCUA